GGCAAACUGGAAGAUAGACCAGAAAUCUCCACUACUUCCUCAAAUGCUCCAACUCUUCACACAAGGAGGUUGAUGCAAGGAACCAGAGGCUGCAGACAUGGCAGAGAGGGAGAGUGAUGACUUCAUUAAUACAUCAACAUCAAGGAGUGACCAUGACAGUCCAGAGGACAACAGAAAAUACUCGCACAUCAUGCAAAACCAAAAAAAAAUGAUACGUGAUGAUAGCAUAUACUUGGAUUCUGAAGCUUCUCCAAAUAUUCCGGAAGACUCCACCUCUCGGCCUGCAACCGCCAUCAAGACAGGAUGGCUAGAGAAGACUCCACCUCAGGGGAGUAUAAUCUUCCAAAAACGCUGGAUCACUCUGGACAAUGAGUACCUGAGAUACUUUCAGAAUGACAAGGAUGUCUACUCAAAGAGGAUGAUCCCCAUAUACUCUAUCAUGCGUGUCAUGUCUGUUGGAACACAGAAAUUUGAAGUGGUUACGCAUAACAGAACCUUCCUGUUUCGAGCCCAGAGUGACUAUGAGAGGAACACAUGGGUCUCACUGCUUCAGAAGACGAUUGAGGAGCAGUACGGUGUAGACAGGAUGACCUCUGAUGCCUGUGGCCCCAUCUAUAUACAGGGCAACUUGGAGCUCCGUGGCAUCCACUCAAAGCUGUACAUGGUGGUCUGUGAGGACAAGGUCAUCCUGUACAAGAACACUGAGGAACACAAGCAGGGAAUUGGCAUCACUUCCAUCCAGAUGAACCUGGGCAGUGUGAGAGAGACAGACAAAAGGGCAUUUGACCUCACAACCCCUUACAGGGUAUUCAGUUUUGUGGCGGAAACUGAGCAGAUGAAGCAGGCAUGGGUGGAGGCGCUGCAGCAUGCCAUCAGCAGCGCCCUGUCUAGUGACUCUGUGGUUGCCAAAAUCUGGUCACAGGACUCCAAUCGCCUCUGCGCUGACUGCAACGCAACGCACCCUGACUGGGCCUCGGUCAACCUAUGUGUGGUCAUCUGCAGUCGGUGCGCAGGGGAGCACCGACGUCUCGGCUCUAGCGUCUCUAAAGUGAGGAGCCUAAAGAUGGACCGAAAUGUGUGGACUGAGGAUCUCAUAAAGGUGUUCAUUAUGCUAGGAAAUGAGCGGGCAAACCUCUUCUGGGCGGCAAACGUGCCCCCAAGCGAGGCGUUGUGUCCGUCCAGCAGUGAUACCGACCGACGAGCAUUCAUCUUUGCCAAGUAUCGCCAGGGGAAGUAUCGCUGGUACCACAAGCUCUUCGGCCAGCAGGAGGCACUCAACAAAGCUCUGUGCCUCAACGUCCAGACAGAUGACAUCCUAGAGACACUAUCACUGCUCUUCUGUGGAGCAGAUGUCAACUGCCAUACAGAGCACCCAGAAUUCCCCACUCCUGUUUCCCUGGCUACAAGAUACAACCAGACACUCCAGGUGGAGAUCCUGAAGCAGAACCAGAAUACUGACAGCCCAGGAGUCGAUGUUGAAGAUUUUGUGGAUGCCAACAUCCUCAACGAUCUGAGAUUAUCAAUCACACACAGAGGACAUCUGUUCAAGAUGGCCUCAACAACACGGCCAAUCACAGAGAGGAAAUCCAGAGAGGGUGAAUUCAGUCAGUCCUUGUGCACCCUGAAGAAGGGAAUCUUCUCCUAUGGGAACAGCCGCAGCUCUAUGCCUGGCAGACAACUGAAGGUGGAGGAGAUUGUAUGUCUAGCAAUCAAUCCCCCAGGGACACAUGGCUUUGAGUACACAUUUGAGAUCUACACAGAAGCGGACCGGCUGUACCUUUUUGGAGAAAAUGACCCAGAACUAGUGAGGGAGUGGAUCAUGGUCAUUGUCAAGUCUAUCCUCCCAAGGAAUGCACGGGACUUGGGACGUCUGGAUUUCCAGCGAAUCGGAAGGCUGAAUUACAAGGCUAGGUUGAGUCAGCAGAGCCCAGGGGUUGGGUGGUUUGCCUUAGUUGGCUCCAUACUCCACCCUCGCUUGCCUGACCAUAAGGAGGAGGAGGAGGACAUUGACCUGUGUAGGCUGCAAGAACUUUCUGUGAAGCAGGACCAGGGCAAGCUGCUGCUAAUAGACAGAGGCAGAACUUUGUUAAUUGAAAGCCAGCUGAAGCUGAACUUCCUGGGUUGGGCUCAAGACAUCCAACAGGCCUCUGGGAGUUGGGGCAACACGCUGGCUCAGCAGCAGCUGACGGGGACUGACAUUCCCAUUAUAGUGGAACGCUGCAUUGACUUCAUCACACAGUUUGGAUUGAAGUCUGUGGGGAUCUACCGCAAGAACGGUGUUAGCUCCAAGAUUGCAAAUCUGUUGGAGAAUUUCCUAGUAGAUGCUCGUAGAAUCCAUCUUAGGGAGGAGGAACAUCGAGUGGAUGAUGUAGCCGGCACGCUGAAGAGGUUCUUCAGAAAUGUGAAGGAAGGGGUCUUCACCAAUCAGGCUGCCCCUGCUUGGCUCAGCACAAUUGGUAUAAAAGAAGAAAGUCAGAGGAUUUCCCAUUAUCAGUCAUUGCUCAGCAGCCUCCCAUCAGUGAACAAGGCCACCCUGGAAGCCCUUAUUGGUCAUUUGUACUGUAUCCAACACUUUUCAAACGUUAACCAGAUGAACCAACACAACCUGGCCAUCGUGUUUGGACCCACUUUGUUCCAGACAGACGGCACUGACUCCAGCGCUGGCAAGGUCAUUGAGGAGUUAAUUCAACACUACAUACCAAUAUUUGAAGUGAAUGAAGAACAGCUGCAGAAACAGUUGCAUGAAGUUAACCUCAUUGUCGAAAUUCAAGAGUCUCUUAUGGUUGAGACGAGUCCAGAGCCAUCAUCCAACAUCAUCUGCACUGUGUACUUUGAGGACGGAGGUCAGAAAGAAGAACUCCACAUCAAGGUGGAUGCUAGCAUGACGGCUGCUGCAUUGACAUCAGAAGUGCUGGAGCAGCACAAGAUUCAGCCUCAGGAAUUUGAUUACUGGUGCAGCUUUGAGGUGAAUGAGGUGGAGGAGACAGAACGCCCACUUCACCACCGUGAGCUCAUGCUUCCUGUCCUGCAGUCUGCCAGUACUGUAGUGGUCAAGAAGAACGACGCCAUGGAGACAAUGCUGGUCUAUCUGGCAAGCAAACUGGACAUCUCCAAGUAUGGCAUGAUGAAAUUCCGAGACGAACGGAGCUUGCUGUCCAGGGGUUUCCAACAGCGCUAUGUUUCUAUCACUGGCACCACUUUCAGGAUCUACAAGGAAGUGCGCAGCUAUCGGCCCGAGAAGGAAUGUCCGAUCAAGUCGUUGACCGUGUUCCAAGGCAUAAAGAAGAAGCUCCGCCCCCCCACAAGCUGGGGCAUGACAGUGGUGUGUGACAGUGAGGAGCAGGACCGACGCCAGUGGUACAUGUGCUGUGACACACAAAAUGAGAUGAGGGAGUGGCUUGCCAUUUUUAUGAGCAUCCAGCAUAAAGGUGACAUGUGGCCCAAGGAAUAGUCGGUGACCCAGCUGCCACAGCUCAUCAUGUCUGAAAUGAUUCAUGUUUGAAAUUGUGAUUGAAUCAUAAUACGUUACCAUCUGUUAGACUCAAAAGUCACAGUGGAACACAGUGAAAUGUGGUGGAAUGACACAAUAACCCAGCCCAGUCCAGCAGAGAACUAUGGGCACUAGAGUCUGCUGGAACUGCCAAAGCUGCAACUGCUGCCCACUUGCUGCAUUCUCCGGGUCUUCAACCCUUAUCAAACCCCAUAAUACUGCCCUUUUCAGCAGUGGGGGGGGGGGGGGGGGGGG